AACCAGCUGUCAGCUGCGGAUUGACAGAGCCGAACGAAAACAUAAACACGGUGCAAAAUUAACACAGCCCAUACCGGCCGAAAAAGCGAUAACGUGCAACGUGCGCCUUCCCGUCGCGUCGGGAGGAACGGAACGGAGGAAGUGCAUACACAGCAGGGAAAGUAAAACUAUCGAUCCACUGUUUCCCGUGCGGUGCAGCUGCGCGACCUCAGUACACAAACCGUCACAGCUUCGAUAAGAUUGGCGGCGUGCGAAGAAGUUGUGUUCUCGUUUCGUGCUUACUUCGUCGGCAACUCGUCGGUUCGGUGAUCCGUUUCGUGGUUCCUUUUGAUUACACCCAGCAGCAGCAUGUCGCUUUCCACCCUGUACAAACGGGCCCUCGUGCGCUAUCCCGUGCUGGUGCAGUCCGUCCAAUCGGGGCUACUGAUGGGGGCGGGCGACGUGAUUGCGCAAGGAUUCAUCGAGCGAAAGGAUUGGCAGUCGUUCGACGGUAUGCGUGCCUUCAAGUUCUUCGGCAUCGGAUUUUGUGUCGGUGGUCCGGGACUGCGGAAAUGGUACGGCGUGCUGGACCGGCACAUUGGCACCAAGGGUGGCAGCAAGGCGGUCACGACACUGAAGAAGGUUGCCCUCGACCAGAUCGUCUUUGCGCCCAUCUUUCUCGGCACACUGAUCGGCACGAUCGGGCUGCUGCAGGGGCACAAUCUGGCCGAGAUCCGGCACAAGCUGCGCCACGAGUACGGCGACAUACUGCUGACGAACUACUACAUCUGGCCGUGGGUGCAGCUGGCCAACUUCUAUCUCGUCCCGCUCAACUACCAGGUGCUGCUGGUGCAGUCGGUCGCGGUGUUCUGGAACACGUACCUGUCCUGGAAGACGAACCUGGGCGAAGGCGGACCGGGUAAGCCCGGCACGGUGAAAUCGAUCGCCCACGAGCCACUGCCGGCCGCCGGGGAGGAAAGUGUGGUAUCGUAAGCACGUUGUCGUUGAGGGCGCGUGUGGCCGGAUUUGUGUGACAUCGGAGAACCGGCUCAAAAUUGUGAUAAUAAUAAUUUGGGUUUCUGCCCGAUUUAAUCAGAGUCAGCCGGUAGUUGCUGCAGUGCGGGAACCGUACCCAAUUACGGUACGGUGAGACAGGAAGCAACAUUGUUGACUAAUGUGGCAUAACAAGAAGGAAGAGGAAGAGAUAGACAAUUUUGCAAAGCUUCUUGCUGCAAGAGCUUCUACUAGAAUGCAGAAACAGUUGUAAUGGUUGUUAAAACGGUAGCUCACACCGUAUCUUUGGUAAGGCAUGGGAAGUGCAGAAGAAGUAUAAAUUGCCAUAUUACUAGCGUUUGCUAUCCAUCACGCAAAAGGGUAGGCGUGUUAAUUCUCUAGAUAAAAGACAAAAAAACAUUGAGUAAAGGUGUAGGGGGUUUGAUUUGGUUUAAAAAUCCUGGACUAGCAAACUAAGAAGUGUGUAUGAAGGGUAUAGUUCAAGCAGCAAAGAGGACACUUCAUAGCGAACGUACCGAUUUUAUCCACGCGAUGCCAUUAUAAUGUAACAAUUAUAUAUGCUUCCCCAUUUCCACACUUCUGUAACAUCGCAAUGACACCAAACUGAUACAGGUUAUUUGAAUAUGAUUUAAAUAGCUUUAGCGAAUAGUAAUGCAGCAAGCAAGUUAAUCAAAAAGUUCCUUUUUUGUCGUUUGAAAUUCGUCCAAAUCGUUGUCGAAUGGUUCAACAAUAAACAGGUCUUUCACAUCCACA